GAUAGCCGACCGUAAUUCGUGUAAUAAACUCACUUUUUAGGGAAGCCCAAAAAGUUUUCGUGCAAUUAAGCACAGUAGCCUUGAGGUGCCACAUCACAAAAUAUGGAAUUUAUACGGAGGAAAAUGAAGACUAUUGUUUUUCUGAAUGCACUGGCGACAGUUGUUUGGUGUGCCCCUUCGCUCUGCGACCCUGAAGACGAAUUUCUAGGUAUCUUUUGCAAAGAACCAGAACCAGAACCAGAACAACCCAAGUGCAUGGGCAUCAUGAUGAACUAUUGCGACGACAUGUCCUAUACCCACACCGUGUUCCCCAACAUCCUGGGCCACAGGACCCGCGAGGAGGCCGAGCUGGGCCCCGAGUACCUCCUCGUCAGUGUGGUCCACAACUUGCUCAAUGGAGAGUGCACCCCGGACAUCCGCAUGCUGGGCUGCUCAGUGCUGGUGCCUCGCUGCGAGAAGGAGAAGGUGCUGAAGCCGUGCAGGAGUACGUGCGAGGCUGUGAGGAAGAACUGUUACCACGCCUUCGAGGGCAUCGAGAUGGCCUGGCCAUACUUCCUGGACUGUGACCGCUUCUUUGUCAGUGACCAGGAGGGCUGUUACAACCCACUGGAGGGCUUACGAGCGAUACAGGAAGAAGGUAAUACCCCUGAGAAGCCUCAUACUGUCAUCCAGUUUAGUUAUCAGUCUAACGCCCAGAUGAACAGCAUCCUGAAGAAGACUGCAGCACGAUGCCCCGAAAUCGCCAUGACCUACAGCAUUGGCCGCAGUGUGGAGGGCAAAGACCUGCUAGUGAUAGAGUUCUCAAACAACCCUGGAGUACAUGAAUUGCUUGAACCAGAGAUGAAGUACAUAGGAAACAUGCAUGGGAACGAGGUGCUGGGUCGUCAGCUGUUGAUCUACCUGGCCCAGUACCUGUGUUCAGAGUACCUGCUGGGGAACCGGCGCAUCCAGACCCUGAUCAACACCACGCGUAUCCACAUCCUGCCCUCCAUGAACCCAGACGGGUACGAGCUAGCUGCCGCCGAGCUCCAGGACACCAUCGACCCUGAGAACGAGGAGGCUCAGAACUACAACAGCUGGACCCUGGGUCGAGGCAACGCCCAGAACAUUGACCUGAACAGGAACUUCCCUGACCUGACUACGAUCGUUUACAGCCGGCGCAGACACAGACGUUUCCGUAGCAACCACAUCCCAAUCCCAGACGCUUACUGGUUUGGUAAGGUAGCUCCAGAGACAUACGCAGUCAUGAAGUGGAUCAGAUCCUUUCCCUUUGUGCUCUCAGCUAACUUCCACGGAGGGGAGUUGUUGGUGUCCUACCCCUACGACCUCUCCAAACACCCACUAGAGCAGAAGAUGUUCUCCCCCACGCCAGAUGAACAGGUAUUCAAGCAGAUAGCGAGAACAUAUGCAGAUGCCCAUGCCACCAUGUCAGAAGGAAACUCUGGAAGGUGUGAGAACUUUGGCAGCAUCGGCCAGGACGGCAUCAUAAAUGGAGCAUGGUGGUACAGCUUUGCAGGUGGUAUGCAGGACUUCAACUACCUCCACACUAACUGUUUUGAGGUGACGGUGGAGUUGGGCUGUGAUAAGUUCCCAGCUGAGGAGGAGUUAUACACUGGCUGGAAGGACAACAAAGAGGCUCUGCUCACAUUCAUGGAGUCGGUCCACCGUGGAAUAAAGGGAAUAGUAAAGGAUGAGGACGGGAAUGGAAUCAAAGGGGCAAGGAUAUCUGUCAGAGGAAUAAGGCAUGACAUCACCACAGCUGAAAACGGAGACUACUGGCGCUUGCUAACCGCCGGCAUCCACAUCCUGACUGCGUCUGCACCAGGCUACACCAGAGCCAUGAAAAAGAUCCACCUCCCGGCACGCAUGCAGAAAGCAGGCCGGGUGGACUUUGUCCUGCAGAAGGCUGUGGUGGAGCCUGACAUGGAGGAGGACUAUAGAAUCCCGUCCAUGGGGACCUAUGAGCACUUCGACCCCUACAACCAGUUUGAGCGCUACACCAUUAGCGAGCAGAACCAGAACGGAGAGGAGGGGCAGGAGAAACCGUGGUGGUGGAGCUACUUUAGCAACGCCCAUGGCUCCACCCCCACCUGGCUUCUCAGAAACUAGCUCCUCCCCUGAAUAUACAUAGAAUCCUCUAUGGCUCCCACUAUAGCCUCCUUUCUCAACUCUGGUCCCCGAUUACCAUCAAGGGUUGCACAUACCUCCUACAGGUCAAUACUAGCACACCUAAUUCAAUUAAUCAAGGGCUUGAUGAUUAGUUCAAUCACGUGUGCUUAUAUAAGGGUGGAACAAAAAUGUGCAACCCGGGGUACUCCAGGACACUGCCCUACAUGAUCAAAGACUGGUUACUAUUUAAGUUGAAUAUGAUUUACAUAAUGCUAUCAUACAAGUGUCACAUUUUAGCAUCACCAUUAUUAUCCAUUGCUGCAAACCUGUCGUAACUGAAGCAACAUAUAAAAUAGCUAGUUGUUCAUGAUAGCAAUAUGUAAUCUUAAUAAGUCAUGGUUCAUGUAAAGUGUUUUCUCCUAAAGCUAGCCUCCAUUUUACAAGCUUUUGCCUUGUUAAACUGCUUCACUUUAUGACCAUAAUGCAACACAGGAAGGUUGAAAAGCUUCGACGAUUUGUCUCUCCACCCGCACAUAUCUGUACUUGUUUACAAUAAAACAUUAUUAAAGAACA